AUGGCACAGCAUCGAUUCUCAGUGGUGACACUGCUUACUCUACUCUUUUACGUUGCAGUUGUUCAUUCUGCAAUCAUCCAAAAGCGAGCGACCUCCUCGAGUGUGUCGAAAACUUUGUCUUCUGGCAAGGUCUCGUCUUCCACUAAGGCCUCUACUUCCAGCAAGGUCUCAUCUUCAGCUGUCAGCAAGCUCGCAUCUGGCGCUAGCAUCUCCAACCCAAGAACUGGCUCAACUACCUCGAUUGCUUCAGCUGAUGCCACCGGCUGGUAUGCUAUCCCUCAAAAGGGCAUCCCUGCCAACAGAGCAGAUGCCAUCGCGACUAAGCAAAAGAACUUUGGCUAUGGACCCGCCGUCGCUGGUGGACCUUUCUUCCCUAACGGUUCUCUCGGUAACACUCUGAUCAACAAUGACGUAGCGAGUCUUCAAGCCGAAGCCGAGACUCAGAUGAACGACUUGAACGCAGACGCCCAAGCCGCUACUGCCGACACCAGCAAGUACAACGGUUUGAAGACAUUGAACGACUAUACUUUGCUUUACGAUGAUGAGUGGCUCAAGACAUUGCCUGCCGGUCCCAUUCCUGGUAUCCUCACAAACUACACCCAGGAUUUGCUAUUCUCCAUGGAACGUCUCUCUCUCAGUCCUUACCAGGUCCGUAGACUGAACUCCUCGAGCACUCUCAACUUCAAGGUCGAUGAUGCAACUGCAAAGAAGAUCACCGGCAUGACACAGCAGCAGCUGCUCACCUCUGGCCGUCUAUUCUACUCCGACUACAGAGAUCAGGCAAAGCUUGAAGCUACCACAAAAGCUCGUUAUUCCGCAGCUGUGGAUGCUUAUUUCUACAUCAACCAGACUUCUGGAAACUUCUUGCCUCUCGCUAUUCGAACUAACCAAGGAGCAAGUGUCAUCUAUACACCUGCAGACAGCGCCAGUGACUGGAUGCUCGCCAAGAUCAUGUACAACGUCUGUGACAUCUGGUUCGCUCAGUGGGAGCACUUGCCUAGAACUCAUGAGGUUGUCCACAUUGUUUACAUGUCAGCUAUUCGAUCUCUGAGUGAUUACCAUCCUGUGAAGGCUGUUCUUGACAGACUGAUGUACCAAGUCUUCGCCAUUCAGCCUCUGGCACAGCAGACGUUGUUCUCCCCCGGUGGUGUUGUCGACAUUGCCUUCCCCUACACCUACCAGUCUGCACUCAACUACAGCAGCAACUACUACUUCACCCGCAGUGGUUUCUUCCAGUCUGGCUACUUCCUUACUAACCUGCAGAACCGCGGAUUGAUUAAUUCUACCACCGGCCCUCAGCUCAAGUCUUUGCCCUAUUACGAGGACGCUUCUGUCAUCUACAACGCUCAGCGUACAUUCAUGACCUCAUUUGUCAACUCGUACUACUCAGCAGAUUCAGUAGUGGCUGCGGACAAAGAGAUUCAAGCUUGGGUCAAGGAGGCCAACGGCCCUGCCAAGGUUCAGGACUUCCCGGCUACUAUCAAUACGAAGAACACACUCAUUGAUGUUCUGACUCACAUGGCUCAUCUUUCCUCGACUGCUCACCACACUGUCAACACCAACGAGCUCAUGUCUGCAUCAGCCACUCUUCCCUUCCACCCAAUGUCUCUUUGGCAACCCGUCCCCCAGAAGAAGGGUACAGUCUCAAACCCUGCAACCUUCUUGCCUCCCUUCAACAACGCCCAAGAGCAGAUUGGUGUGGAUGCCCUGUUCUCACGUCAAUACAUCGCUGGCACCAACAGAACCUUGAGCUACCAGUUUGCCGAUGACGCAAUGCUCAAGCGCAUGAAUGUCAACACUAGAAAUGCAGCUGCGGCAUUCAAGAAGACCAUGGAUGCCUUCAGCUCCACAGUCAAGGCUAGAAAGUUUGACUCCAAGGGUUUGUCGCAGGGUAUGCCGUUUGUGUGGCAGGGACUGGAUCCCAAUGUCGCACCUUUUGGUGUCACAGUUUAG